AAGGCUAAGGAGACGCGUUCCGUCACUUGCGUUGUGUCGUCACAGGCGUGCCUUCUCGUGCUUUUAGGCCGCCCUCACGACGGCCAAUGUGCUCUUGUGCAAACGGGCGGUUUGGGGGGUAGACUGCAGGGCGGCGUGUACGGCGUCGCUUUCGAGAGAAGGGAAAAAAAAAAGAGAAAAAGUAAAUUGUUGGUUCCGUUCGCCCCGAUGCCGCCAAAAAAGAGGGAACAGCCGCCCAUCGAAGCACCUAAACCUCUGCGAACGGAACCUCUACGAACAGACCAUGAACUGUUUCUACAGGCUUUCGAAAAACCGACGCAGAUAUACAGAUAUCUACGAACACGGCAGCUAGCAUCUCCAAUAUUUCUUCAUAGAACACUAACUUAUAUGAAUCAUCGCAUGUCAAGAACUCACAAAAAUAGGAAAAACUUCAAAGUCGACAGUCUACUUCAGCGAGUUCAAGCUCAGCAUGACUCGUCAUCCUGCAGGUCCCCAACACAGAUGACCCUUACAUUCACUGGUUUCUAUGACUGCAGCAGCAGGAGAGGCGCAGUGACGGCGGAGGCAGUUGUCCUCAAGAUCUGCAACAAGAAGAAGAGGGAGGUGGACUCGUCCUCGAUGCAGCUCUCAGUGGGCUGCUGCGAGGUGCCCCACAAUCCGGAGGCUGUGUAUCGGGGCAGCUGCCACGGCAAGCGGCAGACGGUCAUCACGGUCCCGAGCAACAGCUUCUGCCCCAACGGCACGGGCCUGGUCAGGUCCUACGUGCUGCUGCUGCGCAUCACCGAGGGCACCCAGGUCAACGACAGCGACUCGGGCGAGCCCCUCGCAAAGAAGCAGCGCAGGAACGGGUGCAUGCGGCCGGCGGCGGUCAAUGGCGGCGGCGUGGCAUCCGAGGAGAGCCGUCACUAUGUCGGGGAGCUGGUGGUGUACGAGCAGCAGCGCUGCCUGCUCACGGAGGGGGAGUACCAGGUGGCGCUGCGGCCCUGGGGGCCCAAGGCGGCGCCCCUGGCACGCACUACGUCCUGGGAGACGCUGGCGUACCCGCAGGGCGGAGUGCCGCUGGAGAGCUUUGAGAAGAGCCCCCGGGUGGUGUUCCGCCUGACGUGGGGUGGCACGGAGGAUCCGUCGGAGGACGGCGGGGCGCGGCUGCCCCGGCCCGUCCUGUCUCCCGUCGAGAUGAACGUCGCCGAGCAGGGCCUCAAGCACGUGCGCAGCAGACGCAACGGGGAGCUGAAGGCGUCCGAGUCGCACGGUGCUUCGAGCGGCGCUGCGGCCAGCGGGGCAGCGGUGCCAGCAGCACAGCAGACGAAGGGGCGCACGCGGGUGGUGUACCAGUUUGUGUACAACCAGCAGACGCGCCAGCAGACGGAAGCCCGGGGAGACCUGCGCUGCCCCUGGUGCCUGCUCCAGUGCCGCCUGCUCGCCGCCCUCCUCAAGCACCUCAAGCUAUGCCACGGCCGCUUCUCUUUCGCCUACGGGCCGCACCCCAAGGGAGCCCGCAUCGACGUGUCGAUCAACGAGUGCUACGACGGGUCGUACGCGGGCAACCCCCAGCAGCUGCACACCCAGACCGGCUACGCCUUCGGCCGCACGGGGCCUGCCCGCAGGACGCCAGUCACCUACGUCAUGGCCUGCCGUCCCAAGAGGGCACCCCUGAGCCUGUCGGAGUUCAUGGAGCAGGACGAGGUCGACAUCGACCUGCCACGGCCGUACAUCUCGGGCCACAACAGGCUGUACUACCACACGGAGACGUGUCUUCCGAUCAGGCCGCAGGAGAUUGACAGGGACAGCGAGUCUGAAGACGAUCCCGAUUGGCUGCGCAUCAAGACGCAGCUGAUGAUCGACGAGUUUACAGACGUGAACGAGGGAGAGAAGGAACUGAUGAAGAUGUGGAACCUUCACAUCAUGAAACACGGGUUUGUGGGGGACUGCCAGAUAGCCCUGGCCUGCAACCUCUUUGUGGAGCAGCAGGGCGAGGUGCUGAUGCAGCGCAACCUGUACCGCAACUUCGUCCUCCACAUGUGCAACCUCCUCGACUUCGGACUGGUCAGCACGUCCGUGGUCUACACCACCGUCCGGCGCCUCCAGAUGUUCUGCGACGUCAAGGACCGCAAGCUACACAUUCCGCGCCGCUCGCUGCUCCCCACAUAGCAGAUCCGUCCCCCGCGGAAGCGCGGUCGGAACGAUCCGGCCAGUCGGACUCGUGGACCGCCGGAUGCUUCUGGCCCGUUUGUGCGGUGGCAGACUGCACUGCGACAGCAUGUGGCACGUCGGCGGUUUUCAUUGUCUGCUCCCAUACUGGAGUCCAGUCCGUCUGCUUGCAUACUGGAAUCUAGUCCGUCUGCUUGCAUACUGGAAUCUAGUCCGUCUGCUCGCAUACGGGGAUCUAGUCCGUCUGCUUGCAUACUGGAACCCAGUUCGCCUGCUCGCAAACUGGAAUCCGAUCCAUUUGCUCAUGAACUGGCAUCCAAUCUGUCUGCUCGGAAACUGAGAUCCAGUUCGUCUGGUCGAAAUGUGGAAUUUGGGCCAUCUGCUCGUGCAUUGGAAUCCAGUACCUUUGUCAUAGGUGGGUCUUACGACGGAUCCGGCACGACGCUCCGCAACGGAGUGGUGGAAAGGUCCUCGGCAAAGUGGUGGACGGAAGCAAAGAGACGCAUCGUGGAUUUUCGCAAGUCUGCCGAGAGGCGUAUGAACAGUAUCGUUUCGGCCUGCUGGGAAAAGUUCUGGAGAAAUCAGUGGCUCCUGUGAGUUCAUUUGUCUAUGUCCGCAACAUUUAUAUGUUGCUGCAACAUUGUGUGUGCCGCGGUAGGUUGCAGGCCAUUGCGUCGCAGUUACCGUACACUGCUGCCGGUUUGUUUUGUGCCAUCUUCGGAACGUACGGAACGGGACAAAAGUGUCGACCGUGCUUUUCCAUGCCUGCGUCGGGGGUACCGAGGCGUUUGCAGACGCGACGGAUUCGGAAAACGCCGUGACCCAGUCUUGAAUUUCGCCGAGAGUCUUUGCCAUGUCGUUUUCGGGACUGUUGAGCUCAAAGGAAGCAUGUGGCCUCGGCUAGUUGCUCGUCUACUCAGUGAACAUUCUUCAAGGUUCUCGUCCGUCGACUUUGGAAUUUUAGGGGCUUCGAAGGUUAGAAAAACUUUGAUUACUUUGAAUGCAAGGUGCGUGCUUUCAUUGUUUGUGUGGGGAAUAGUGGUUUGGCCGGUUCCAAACCGAAUGUCACCAGUGCCCUUCUUGCCAGAGGGUGAGCUAUAUAAUGCUCCGGGGAUAAUCUUCGUUUCUGCGAUUAGGGGAAGAGGGAUACUACGUGGAUUAGUGCUGCAACAGGCUGGAAGAAGAUGCUAAUAUUUCGGUUUGACUGCGGGGACGGGCGUUUCGGAUCUGUUACCGGCGAAAACAAGUCGGCUUUCUCAAUGGCGACAUCAUAAGACCCUGUAAAAGAUCAGCUUGUACCGGUUCUGCACAUAGCCCUUUCAUCACAUCACCCAUUAUGUCGAUCACGUCGCCAAUUAUGUUGGACGGUGCAGAACCGUCGCUGUUAAUCCUUCGGAUUUGAACUGCGGGAGUCAAAAAGGGGGAGGCAAACUCAACUUUUUCUUUUUGGUUGCCUUUUAUUCUUUUUAUCUGCUUAAGUGCUAUUGCAGCUUUUUGUGUAAAUGCACUUAUGUUUGUGUUCUUUCCUUUUAAUUACACUUCUUUUUUUACAUGCCUGGUUUCACUGUACAAAUGACGUUCAAUGCCACACUACAUCCCGGAUGUGGGAAGCGCAUUUGAGCUUGCGGGCCUCCCUUUCUUGGGACCCACAAUUUCAAAAACGCAAUUUCCAAACUUCUUUUCCUUCCUUUUUUUUUUUUUUUUUCAUUCAUUUUUGAAAAAUAUUGUGUUUUGUUAUGGUGUCCCCAGCUUGUGGGCUUAUGAUCAGUGCAACCGAGCACAAUCGCAAGCGCCUCGCCCCUUAUGCAGUCGAGGCAUUGAAGAAACGAGUGUCCCGUGCCACACACAGAAUGUCCCUGUAAGAAAAAAAUGUUUUUUUUUUUAUCGAAAAAAUGAACUAUGCAUUGUCGAAUGCCCCAGUGUAGUGCCAGGGGUCCAAACCAGAGGCCAGUUUCAGAACAAGCAGUCAUCUCGUUCAAAUGGUGGCCGACCGGGCCCACCGAUACAUGGUGCUGAAUGACACUGACUACCGAGAAUGGGGGGGCCCAUUUUCCCGGCGAAAAUUGCAGGAAAUCAUUUGUAUAACUUUUCAAUAAGAUGGCGGUGAGCACUACAUUCGGGCAAAAACCGAGCGUUUGGCGAUACAUAGUUAAUUUUUAAGGUAAAAAAAAAACGAAAAACGCCCAACUUUUUUGGGGGGACACGCCGUAGUACAAUUGAGUCACGUUUGCAGCGGGAAACGGUGGGUGGGAAAAAGACAAAAAGUGAACUAGUAGAUCACUGCCAUGUUGUUUGAAGAAGAAGAGAGGUGCAAGUUCACUGCCCCCUUACCACUCAAUCACUUCCCCGAGAGAUACGCUCUUUAGUAUUCUGUCAUUUUCCCCCCCCGACUUUUUUCUUUCGCCGCCGUCGUGUUUCGGUUGAAGUGUGAAGAUCUUUGUCGGUGUAAACUUUUCACAUUUUGGGGGCGGGCCGUUUGGAGACGACAGAUUUAAUUCGGGAUGCUCGCAAUGGAGAGUGUCGCCGCGGGCGCUAGGGACUCCCAAGAUGUGGCCUCUUAUCUCCACCAAUGUGUUCCCCUGCACCACCACUUUAUUUUUUAUUUUUGUAAUUUAUGUUGACCAUAAAUGUACUUUUUUUACGCAA